UAGUACUGAUAGUAGUGCGAUGCUUUUGGAGUUCUUUAUUUGGUAUCUUGAUGAGGUAUCCCUUCUAGUCUGUCGGCACUUGUUCUUCCUCCCAAAUCUUUCUGAAGAGAAUGUGGGGCAUCUUUGCAGUUACUUCAGUGCUUCAGCUGGUAUACUCCUGCUUUCCCACUCUUGAUUUGACUAAUGGUCAUCCUAAUUUCUUCCGUCGUUGGUGGAGUGACAUCUAUAGGAAGGUUUGUGUAUGCUGCUUCGAUAUCCAGUGGAUUCAGUGGAGUUGGCCUAUUCAAGAGUACCUCAAAUUAUUCUACCCACCUAUCCCUCUGUUCUUGAGUCUUGGUGAUUGUCUUGUCUUCUUUGUCCUGGACUUGUCCCUCUGGUUUACUAUAUUUUCCUGUUAGUUUCUUCGUCAUGUCAUAUAGUUGUUUGAUAUUUCCUCCUCUCAUAGCUUUUCCAAAUGUCGUUGCUAGGUCUUCCACAUGUUUCCGCUUUUCGGCUCUAAUGCUCCUUUUCACUCUCUUGUUUGCUUCCGUGUAUUUGGCUGUGACUUGUCUUUUUCUGCUCCUGUUUGCAUGUUGUUGAUUACUGUCUUCUUGUCCUUCCUUUCUUGAAUCUUGUUCGGGGUAUCAGUAGAGAUCCACUCUUUAAGCUAGUGCUUCUUUCGACCCAACGCCUCCUGGCUUAUUGAAGUUAUUGCUUCUUUAAUUCUUUUUCAGUUGUUCGCCACACUAGUUUCCUCUUCUUUGAGUAGAUCUUGUAAGGCUUGGAAUUGAUUGCUGAAAGUAUCUCGAAUUCGUUGAAUUUUUCAGCAUUUCGAAGAAGCUCUGUAUUAUAUUUUAUAGUGCUGUUUCUCUAGAUUUCUAGUGCUUCUUUGGCUUUAGUUUCGUCUUGGCCACAAUCAAGUGGUGAUUUGAAUUUAUAUCAGCUCUUCCAUUUGUUCCCACAUUUAUGAACCUUCUGAACUUCUUAUUCAACCAAAUGUGAUCGAUCCGGUUUAUUCUAGUGUGGCCCUUUGAAACCCGUUUAACUUUGUAUAUGAGUUUGUGGGGAAUAUUGCGCCACCUAUAAUCAUUUUGUUGAAAACACAUAAACUUUCAGAUCUCUCAUCAUUUUCGUCCCUUUCUCCCAGACCAUGUCUUAUGAUAUCUUUGUACCUGAUGUUGUCCGUGCCGACCUUGGCAUUUAUGUCUCCCACCGGAAUGAUCAGGUUCUUUCUUAGACACUUCUCUAUGAUAUAUUUCAGUCUUUCAUAAAACUGAUCUUCAUCGUCUUCAUUGCUAUAAUUAGUGGACGCGUAACACUGGAUAACAUUCAUUGUAAUCCCCUCCUUUUUUGAAGGAAGCUUUGAUAAUUUUAGGUCAAUGAGAUUGCCAUUCUGUAAGUGCAUUUCGUACUUCUUUGAAUAGCAUCAGUUCAACUACUUGUGUGCGCGAAGCAUUUUAUUUUUCGUAGUCAGAGUACAACAGCACCUUUCCCGAACCUAACCUUUUCUGUCUAGCUUUAGUUGCUCUAGUUGUCAGAGGGGACGUCGGCCCCAUGACUUCUGUUGAGGAUGUUAGAUCCCAAAACUCACUUGGUAAUUACCUUAUUUUCGUAAUUCUAUUUUAAAAAUUUGAAUUUCCUGUUUUCGCGCCAACGAUCUCAUUAUUUUUACCUUCAUUUCGUAUUUCCUACUUGGGAGGAUCUUAAACGCUAUUGGUUCGUUGUAUCUUUUAGUAUGCUAUUUUGUAACGCUUCCCAAAGACAAUUUUAUGCUGUAUAUAUACGUUUGACUUGUGCUUGUUGUUGUAGUUCGUGCUUCUGGCUGCUUGUGGAGUAUAUUCCUCUUUUCUGAACAUGAACUUCUCUCUAGUUAACGGGGCUGGGACGCGUCGAAAUAGCUAGCUUAUCUGCCAUUAUGUCACAGUCUUCGUUCCGUUCUCAGAUUAGGUAAACUCGUAAUGUCUUCAAACAUAGCAAGUUCUAAAGAAUCUCCGCUUUCACCAUGAGGCUCCAUGACACUUCUAAAUAAAGAUCCUUCAACUCCCGAAGCAGGGUUUAAAUGGUCUAAGUGAUUUUCUCUCGUUAGCGUCUUUUAGCAUGGUUGUUUUCUACGAUUACAAAUCCAACUCUCUAGUUCUAGGAGAAUUUUUUGUGGGUACUGAAAGUUCUGGAUAACAAGUACCAAAUGUUCCUUUUACAUUUUAUUAGGAUGUCAGCUGAAAUUAGUCUGAAAACAUAAUUGUUUAUUCCAUGUUUUCCUCAGAUAGGAUAUCCACAGUUUAAGUCUUCUUUGAAUCAUUCCCAAUCUUGAUGCUGUGGAAUGCACACCAAAUAUUUUCGCUGUCACAGUUGGUACAUUAAGGUUACAAUAUUUCUGUGAGAUCAUUUAACAAGAGUUUGUAACAAGAAUCUUGUUUUAGUUCUAAGGUGUGAUAUAGGGACAAGAUUCUUCGAGACUAUUUAUCAUUUUCUCCCUGAUCUGCUGAUCGUCAUUCACUUUACAGUUAAAUAGGUUCAAGUGGAUUUAUUGCUGCCACAGGACUUCUGAAUUAGUCCCAGUUUGAAAGAGUGAUUCACCUUGGUUCGAUACUCGUAUAAUAUUAUUAAUCCUUGAAAAAGUGCAUCUUGAAACCGACUGUAUGAAACCGCUUAGUUGCUAAGUUGUAACAAAAGUCUUUAGGUAUUGAUAAUUCACCAUGUCAUCGGGUCUUACUGCGGUGAGAUAGGAAGUUUUUAAUCCGAGACCUUAUCAAAGGAUUAAGUAUACAAAUAAAAUACUUCAUAAACGCAAAUUUUAUAGGUUAUAUAAAUUAAAAGUGAUAUAAUAAGUAGGAAACAUUUUUCGAAUUCGCAAUUAUCGCUCGUACCGUUGAAAGAUUAUUUUCCUAGUGGUUACACAAUAACUUGUUGAACUAGUUGAAUUAACUAGAAUUAAUCCAAGGAGUAGGGUGGGGUAAACCAAAUUUGAUUUUAGGUACUGAGUUUCUCAGUACAGAGUCAAGUGUUUUGUUAACAUGCCUAACUAUUCAUCGUUCUUCUUCCUGGGAAUAUUCCUGCUACAGACGUUCGUUAUAAGACAGAUCAUAAAUAUUAUUCAAAGGAUUGUGCUUUCCGACCUAAAGUUUCCAUAUUGUUUUAGAUAUAAUGCUUUCUUAUUUCGACACCAUAAAAUUCAUUUAUUUCACUGUAAUUUGAAGGGUUUUUCUACGAACGGUCAGCAGCAUUUUUGUCAUAUAAAAUUCAAAGGUCAAGCAAAGAUGAUUGGAAUAAUAAAGUGACAUCUGGUGUGUUAUAUUUAGUAAUUAAUUUAAUAACUAACUGGCUUGUACCUUAGCGAUUUUAAUUUUUACUAUGUCAUCAUUUGACAUAAUCAUUCUCUCUCAAAAUAAAUCCAAAAAUAUCUAUAGGGAAUGAACAGUUACUUAAUUGUUUUACAGAUGCUUUUAAUGUAUCUAUGGCCCAAAUUAUAAUUUAUUAGAAAGUCUUCAUUAAUCAUAUCAGGAAUAUUAUGUUUCAGACUGUCAUCGAGUGUUUGAAAUAUUCAGCAACUGGAGAACUACCUCCUGGAUCGAAAACUGGGUGUUCAUUUAUCCAUGAUCCUAGAAUAGCACAAGAAAGUGAAGUGAAAGCCAAAGUCACUCUUCAAAUUCGUGACGUUAAAGGUUGUCCUAUGGUUGUUUCACGAGCACUUAUGGCAACACAGCGUGAUAAAACAAAGCAAGGGACUUUAAAAACUCUGGAUGGAUCAAUAAAACGUCAGUACUCAGACGGACGUGUUACAAGUGUCAGCCUACGAUGUACUGACCUAGAUCAGGAAAUGGUUACAAGUUUGGGUGUAUCAAAAGCUGUCUUGGAAAAUGUUAUCUUUUGUCACCAAGAAGAUUCCAAUUGGCCUUUACAAGAAGCGAAAUCGGUAAAACAACGUUUCGACGAUUUGUUUGCUUCAUCACGUUAUGUGAAAGCACUGGAUGCCAUUCGGAAGUGUAAACAAGACAAUGAUGGCAAUGUUAAAUUAUAUAAAACUGAGUUGAAACAUUUAACCAAAAAUCGUGAUGAAGCUUUGAAACUUCGUUCUGAACGAGAAGAAACACUUCAUUCAAUUGAAAAACAGGAAAAAAAUCUAGAAGAAAUAUCUGCAAAGCUUCAACCUGUCGUUGAACAACUCAACCGUUAUAAAGAACGCUACGCAGAACUAACAAAACUACAAGCUGAAAUCAAGUCUUGUGAAGCUGAACGUGCUCAUUUAACAGACACAAUAAAUAAUUUAAUGUUAAACAUACAGAACGAGUAUCAAGGAAGUGAUGAAGAAUUAAAGCGUUUGAUUGAAGAUGCUGAGACAGAAUACGAAAAGAAAAUUUUUCUGUUGAAUCAAUCUGAAAAUAUAUUACAAAGAAAACGUAAAGAGUUAAAUACUUUGGAAACGAAUCAAACAAAAACUAUUGUUGAGAAAACACAAAUUGAAAUGGAGGUUAAGCGUUUGAAUGAAGCAAUAAUCAAUCGUGAUAUGAUCUUAGCCUCGAUCGUUACAAAUUACAUUCCCGGUGAUAAGUAUGCAGACGUGAAACAAUUCACCGAUGAGGAUGUGGAGUAUAUUGUGCAGUUCGUUGAUGGAUUACUACAUGAACAUGAAAAUCAAUUAACAGAAGUGAAGCUGCUAUCGGCUAAUGAAGAGAGGAAAGCUCAAACUGAUGUUGAUGUUGUUCGAGAUGAAUUGGCUGCUCUAAAACAAAAAAUACAAACUAUAAAACGUAAUUAUAAUCAACGAUCAUGUGAAAUGAUUAGUGUUGAAAAACGCUUAGAAAAUGAACAUUCAUUAAAUGAACGUAUUGAAAAAGUCAGAGAUCAAUUUCAUAAAUCUGAAAUCACCAUUCAAGAUUUAAAUACGGAUCAUGAAUUGAACAACUUACAUCAAUCCAUAACAGAAUCGCUGGGAAAGAAAAAGGAACUGGAACAUACGAUCAGUUUACUAGACGAAAAAAUUGCGACAUUUCAAAAAAGUGCCAGUAAGUAUCGUGAGUUAGAACUCAUGCAGAAAGAACGAGCAAAUAAACUUGAAGGGAUACGCAAAAUACGAAGUCGUCAUGCUGAAGCAUUGGAACAAGUUUUCGCUGGCUCUGUGAUUCCUUUUGUAGCUACAGAAAAGUCACUUGAAGAACAAGCGAAUCCUAAUAAUAUUCGAUCGUUUAUUAAUGAUCAAACACGUUUAAAGGUUGUAUUCUGUAAACGACUUGAUGAAUUGGAACAGUCAACUAGAGAGACAAGAAAACAGUUGGCUAAAAUUGAGCAAGAGCGCUCAUCGCUUGAAGCUACUUCUAAAUUUACCAGAAAUCAUCUACAAGAAAAACGAGAUCAACUGAAAAUAUUAGAAGGAAAGCUUUUAUCUGUACCUGGAGCAGAUGAUCUGGAACAAACUCUUAUUAAUCUUCAAGAUAGACGUGGCUCUUUAGAGGAAGAAUAUGCAAACGAACAAGGAAGUGUAUUUUUGUGGUGUAAAUUUCGUGAUCGAUUGUCUCGUGUAGAUUCUGAUUGUCCAGUAUGUCAUCGAUGCUUUGACAGUGAUGCAGAACGUGAUGAAUUAUUAAAUGAAAUUGAUAACCGAAUAAAAACGUUACCUUCUGAAUUUGAACGUAAAAAGCAAGAAUUGAAAGAAAUCGUUUCACGUCUUGAAUCAUUGGUUGAAUUACGUCCUAUAAGUUUAGAGAUCAAAAAUCUACAUGAGGAAGUAAUCCCUGCUCUAGAGUUAAAAAUUAAAGCUGAAUUAGAUAAACUUACUGAUGUACGCAGUCAACGAGAUAAGACAAGUGCUCUACUUGAAACAUAUCAAGCAGAUGAAUCUUUAGCAAAAACAGUACAAGGUGAUUUGGCAAUAUUAGAACGCUUAGAAAAUGAAUCUUAUGAAUUAACAGUUAAAAUUAAUCAAUUCAAAUAUGAAUUUACAGAUAUAACAACAGAUUCUCAAUUAAUUGAUGGGUUGCAAGAGGAAAGAAAGUCGUUACGUGAGUCAUUACUAACAAUUUCUGAAACUAUUGAGCAGAAACAAAAGCGUGUUGAUCAGUUGAAUCAGGCUCAACGUGAGGCGGUCAGUGAAAUGCAUAGACUUAAAGAUCAAAUGCAUAAGUUGCAGCAAGAGAAUUUAGAUAAUGUUCAACUGAAGAAUGAUCUUUCUCGUCUAACUCGUGACUGUGAAAUUUUGAAAAAAGAACUAUCUGAAUUAGAAUCUGAGCAACUUCCAGCUGUUCAUCGUCGAUGGACUGAAGCAUGCGAUGAACGCAGUCGUAUUACUAAGAUCCGUGAAGAAAAUAUUGAACAAGCUACUAGAAAGGUUAAUGAAAUUGGUGAAAAACUGAAGAAGCUGACUGACGCAUGUACUUCGGUCAAAUUUGCAUUCGAUUCUCAACCCUUAGAACGAUUGAAGGUGAUUCUUGAAACUGUAGAAGAACUUCAAAAGAACUUAUCUCUUGUCAAAUCUGAGGCUGACACCUGUAGUCAAAAUAUCGAACUCUUAAAAAAACAAAUCAACGAACAUAAAAUGCGUCAGCGAGAAUUGGCGGAUUGUGUCCAAGUUCGUCAACUACGUUGUCAACUUAGCUUUCUCACAGAACGAACAGAAUCCCUUGCCAAAAAUCAAAUGAUUUGUGAUAAUAUUCCUUUAUCAGAUCAGGAUUUAAUUAACGAAACUAAACGUUUAUCAUUAGAAGAGGAAAAACUUCAUUCACUUAAACAAGACAUAUCCAAUCAACUAAGUGAAUUAAACGCAAAACUCUGUUAUCUUAAUCGUGAUUUGAAUGAAAAAUAUACCAACGCUGACAGUGAAUAUCGUGAUAUGAUGUAUCAGCUUAAGACUUCAGAAUUAGCUUGUUCGGAUUUGGAACGAUAUUAUAAAGCUUUAGAUAGAGCGAUAAUGUCUUAUCAUGCUGUUAAAAUGGCUGAUCUAAAUAAAAUUAUCCGAGAAUUAUGGCGCAGUACAUACCGUGGCAAUGACAUCGAUUACAUUGAGAUAUGUAGCGAAGAAGAUACAGCUGCUGCUUUGAAUGUUUGCAGAACGCGAAGAACUUAUAAUUACCGUGUGGUUAUGGUGAAGACAACAACAGGAAGCAUGUCAGUUUCUCGGCCGAAGUCAAAAAACAACAUUUCAUGCAAUAACGAAGCCCGUUUAGAUAUGCGUGGACGAUGUUCAGCUGGGCAAAAAGUUUUAGCCAGUUUAAUCAUCCGUUUAGCACUGGCUGAAGUAUUUUGCCUACAUUGUGGAGUACUUGCUCUUGAUGAACCAACGACAAACCUCGACCGAGAAAAUAUUGAAAGUUUAGCUUAUGCUCUGGUAGAAAUUAUAAAAAACAGGAGCCGUCAGAAAAACUUCCAGUUAAUCGUUAUCACACAUGAUGAAGAUUUCGUCGAAUUACUUGGUAGAUCAGACUACGUGGAAAACUUUUUCCUAUUAUCACGUGAUGCACAAGGUUUAUCAGAAAUUAGAAAAGUCCCUAUUGGAGAACAUUUUCAUUAAAAUAUACAUAUUGUUUAUUUAAAUUAUAUAAAUGAUUUCAUGAGAACUUCUUACUUGUUAAAUCACUAUUGUCUAGCUCAUAUUCCUCUCAUUGUAUAUGAAAAAACAAUUAACGGUUAUUCUGA